UGGUCACGUGACACCCCCCCCCCCCCGUAGCCAUGGCAACCACCCCCCCUGCCCGGCGACGCGGCGCUGAUGACGUACCGCGGUCACGCGGUGCUGCACACUCUGAUUCGCUGCCGCUUGGCCCCGCCCCCCGGAAGUGAGGGGGGGCUCUUCCUGGGAACGGGCUGCGCCUCGGGGGCUGUGAUUGUGUACGACGUGCUGACGGGCGCCGCCGUGCGGAGGUUGGCUCACCCCGGCGGCUGCGUCCGCGAUGUCUGCUGGCACCCGGCUGGGGGGCGGCUCGUCAGCGCCUCGGU